UGAACGCUCAUGAAAUCCCCACCCUCUCUGUGACUCCGUGUCCUCUCUGUACGACAAAAUCGUGGAUCCAUCUCCUCCCACCAUUUUAUCUGUCUUUCUGUAGCUACUCUCCCCUUAACUCUCAAGGUCUCUCUCUCUCUCUCUCUCUCUCUCUCUUCCCAGCAGCAAGCCAUGAGGCCUUGUCUUUCUUGAGAUCUAGCCCUAGCCCACUUCCCCUCUCCCCCUCCCCCUCCCCCUCCCCCUCCAUGUCCCAGUCCUCCUGAUUCCCCAAAUCCUCCUCUCUCUCCCUCUCUCUUCCAUCCAAUGUCUUCUCUACGCUCGGAUCUCACAUCCAAGAUCUGGCCCGAGCCCUCCGACAGCGCCACCGACCAUUUCGAUCGAUUGCCGGACUCUCUACUCCUCCUCGUCUUCAACAAGAUCGGCGACGUCAAGGCCCUCGGCCGAUGCUGCGUCGUUUCGCGGAGGUUUCACAGCCUUGUCCCUCAGGUCGAGCACGUCCUCGUCCGCGUCGACUGCGUCAUAUCCGACGAUGACGCCGCCUCUGCGGCAUCUGCCUCCGACAAGGCUCGUGCCGGUUCCUUCUCGAACAUAUUUCGUCUCAUUUUAGGCGGCAUCGUUAAACCCCUCCAGGCGCUCGGCCAAUUCUUAGGUCCCAAGCGCUCGGGCUCCUCGUCGUCGGCGCUCGCGGUGGGCGGUGGCGCUCACGGCGGUGAUGAUGAAGAACUGGAUCAAGGCGGGGUGACCCACCAUUCGCCCACCCAGGUUUUGAAGGACUUCAACGAAAUCCGCUUCCUCCGGAUCGAGCUUCCGAGCGGCGAAUUGGGCAUUGAUGAUGGGGUUUUGUUGAAAUGGAGAGCUGAGUUCGGAUCAACUCUUGAUAAUUGUGUGAUUCUGGGCGCGUCGUCGGUGAUCAAUACCGCAGCCACGAAGGUAUCGAAUGUUCAAGACAAUGGGGCUGAUGGGUUUUGCGGAAAUGGUAGUGGGGAUGAUAAUGGGAGCAUACCUGAAUCGUUUUACACGAAUGGCGGUCUUAAACUUCGAGUUGUCUGGACUAUAAGCUCGCUGAUUGCUGCCUCCGCGAGGCAUUACUUGCUACAGCCUAUAAUUGCAGAGCACAAGACAUUGGACAGUUUGAUUUUGACGGACGCUGAUGAGCAGGGCGUGCUGUGUAUGAACAGGGAGCAACUGGAGGAGCUCAGAGUGAAACCUUUGUCGGCAUCUUCAGCAUCUAAGAGGACCUUAGUGCCUGCGCUUAAUAUGAGGCUGUGGUAUGCUCCCUACUUGGAAUUGCCUAAUGGCGUUGUGUUGAAAGGGGCGACAUUGGUGGCUAUACGGCCUAGUGAGCAAUCUGCUACUAAGAAGGAGGUAUCUGAUCUGUCCUGGGUUUCAACUGCGUUUGAGGAGCCUUAUGGGACGGCGGCAAAAAUGCUGGUGAAAAGGCGAACUUAUUGUCUGGAGAUGAACUCAUUCUGAGAGCUAUUUCAAGGCGAGGGAAAGUGAUAUGUUGUAUGGGAAGAAGUGGGUUUGCUUGAAUUGGAAGGCGAAGAAGCACAAUUUUGUUCUGAUGGGUAUGAAAUUAAAUGCAGUGCUCCAUGAAGCCAAUUCUUGCUUGAAUUCAGCCCUGGAAUGCCAGCCCCCUUUGUUGAUUGCUGCAGUGCAUACGUUCUGCUAGUUGUGCUUGAACUGACAGAGGACGUGCAUCUCCAUUGUGUUUUUAUUUCAGGCAUGUCGUUCUAGGAGUGCACACAGCACACAAGCAACUAGAUUGAUGUUGUAAAAGCUUUGAGUUUGUAGUCGUUUACAUUUGCCAAUCAUCUCUAUAUAUGUGAAUAUUGUAGUUAUGACACUGUUAUGCUAUGUGAUAUACAUUUCAAAA